AUGUAACAUCAUUCAGACGAAGUAACAAAGAGUAAAGAGAGAAACAAUUUCGAGUUGGAAAAUAGAGAUAGAAAAGAAAUUUUUAGGAGAUUAAAAUAAUUCUUUGACAAAAUUAUUGGUUUUGAAAUUAAGUACAAUUUUAUCUAAUAAAGACUUAAUGAAAUAGAGGAAAAAUUUAAUAAAUAGCUAACAAAAAAUGAAUCAAAAUUAGAUAUUCAAUCCAAUGAUCAAAUAGAAGAAUCUCAAUAAUAGAACCCUAUUUAGAAAUAAUAAUAAUAAUACAAUUCAUUGAUAACCGAAAUUGAAUAACGUGUUAAUAAUCAACUAAAAGUGAUUUAAGAAUCCAACCUUAAAGAACUUAAGUAGAAAGAGGAAUAAAAUAAUAUUUGGAAAGAUAAAAUUGAAAUCGAUAUCUAAAAUCUAUUGAAAUCUAUAAAAGAGGAAUAGAAUAGAGAAUUGAAAGAAUCAAUUUUGUAAAUUAAGUUGAAAGAUGAAUAAAAUAAUAGUUGGAAAGAGAAAGUUGAAAUGGAUAUCUAAAAUCUAUUAAAAUAAAUAAAAGAGAAUUAUUAAUAAAAAUAAUGCCCUAGUAAUGAUAAUAAUGUAACCAAUUAGUCAAAUAUAACUUAACGUCAAUCAAGUUCUAAUGAAUAGAAUGGAGAGAUAAUAAAAAAUACUAUAGAGGAUAUUUAUUCUUAAACUACAAGAAGAAGACAUGUUCCAGGAUAGUAUUAGCCUUUCAUACAUUAAAUGUAAAGUUAGAGUGAUUUAGCAAAGUAUUAUAAUCUGAAAUUAGAGUACAAAAAGACAAUCUGUUAAUAUAUGAAAGGAUUUCGAUAAGUAAGAGGAGAUGGUAAUUGUUUUUAUUCAUCUUUCGGAUUUGGAUACUUAUCAUUAUUAAUUGUUCACUAUGAUUAGAAUUAAUACGAUGAGUUUUUGAAUUCUGUCAUAAAGAAAAUGAGAUUUAGAAUUUAUUAUCAAAGCACUAAAAUAGAUGAUGAAAAAAUAGAAACAUAAUUUAGAGAAGAAUUCAUUAAAAGAUUAAAUUGUAUUAGAAACUUAGAAAAUACAGAAAUGAGAUAAGAUGAAUUAUUUAAACAAUUUAGUGCUUAUGAAAAGUAAGAAGAUCAAUAAGCUGAUGGAUAUUUUUAUGCUUUAUCAACUAUCUUUUUUAGAAAUUUAAGCUUACAUUUUAUCUAAUAAAGCGAAUAUAAAGAUAAUUUCACGGAUAAAGAUACCCUUUUACCUUGGGAAUCAGAAUGCAAUUCCAACGAAAUCGUAAUUUUGAUAUUGGCUUAAUAAUUGUAGAUUAAUAUUGUUGUAUUCUACUUUGAUAAAGAGUAAUUUAAAAUGAUGGAAUAUAAUAAAGAAGCUAAAAGAAAAAUUAUUUUAUUGCUAAAACCAGGACAUUAUAAUCUUGGAGUACCGAAUAUAGAGAAUGAAGAUAAUAUUUGA